GGUUUCGCACUUUCAUUUUUAAGACACACAGCGACUCAUAGAGGAGAGAGAAAGUAGAUAGAGAGAGAGAGAGAAGAGGAGAGGAGAGAGAAAGCUCGGAGCUGCUUCCUGUAUGCUGAGAGAGAGACAGAGGGGGUGAGUUGCAUAGGGAGAUAGAGAAGAGAUAGAGACUGACAUUGACGGUCGAAUCGAGAGGAUUGGUUGAGAAUUGACGGAGCUCUGCGUCGACGGCUGAAACGAAAGGGGUUUUCGUUGAGCUGUGGACUGACGAAGAGAGAGAGAGCGUUGGAGUGGUGGAAAUUUGAGCUGUUUGCUUCUGUUUCGAGCUUUUGGGUUAGGGUUUUGAUUGAGGUCUCAGAGGUAGAGAGAGGCGGAGAGCGGCGGAGGCGUGGAAGUUUGUGGCGGAUUCAGGACUCAGGGUUUUGGCUGCUUAGAUCUCAGGGUGGGUGUGAAAGUUGAGAAAUUGCAGCGGCGGAGAGUUUCAGAUGAGAGAUCUGUGCUGAGCUCUUUAAAGAAAUGACGUCAUCGGAGGUUUCGAUAAAGGAUAAUUGCGGCAACCCGAGGGGGGAGAGCUUCUCGUCUGGCUUCAGCGACCACAACGACCCCAGGACCGUCGGCGAGGGGCAGAACGGUCAUUCUACUGUUUCCGCCGGGAGGGAUGCUGAGACGGCGCUUUACACGGAGCUAUGGCACGCCUGCGCAGGGCCGCUCGUGACUGUGCCGCGUGAACGGGAACGUGUCUUUUACUUCCCUCAGGGGCACAUCGAGCAGGUUGAGGCGUCGACUAAUCAGGUGGCUGAUCAGCAGAUGCCAGUGUAUAAUCUUCCAUCGAAGAUUCUUUGCCGGGUUAUAAAUGUAUCAUUGAAGGCUGAACCAGACACUGAUGAAGUAUUUGCACAAGUCACUUUACUUCCCGAACCAAAUCAAGAUGAGAAUGCAGUGGAGAAGGAGCCUCCCCCACCUCCACCACCACGGUUUCAAGUACAUUCAUUUUGCAAGACCUUAACUGCUUCUGAUACAAGCACCCAUGGUGGAUUUUCAGUGUUAAGGCGGCAUGCAGAUGAAUGCCUUCCACCGCUGGACAUGUCUCGCCAACCUCCAACACAGGAGUUGGUUGCCAAAGACUUGCAUGGAAGUGAAUGGCGCUUUCGCCAUAUCUUUCGAGGUCAACCACGGAGGCAUUUGCUGCAAAGUGGUUGGAGUGUUUUCGUUAGCUCCAAGAGGCUUGUUGCAGGAGAUGCAUUUAUAUUUUUAAGGGGUGAGAAUGGGGAGCUCCGCGUUGGCGUCAGACGUGCUAUGAGACAGCAAGGCAGUGUACCAUCUUCUGUGAUAUCCAGUCAUAGUAUGCAUCUUGGUGUCCUCGCAACUGCAUGGCAUGCCAUUUUAACAGGAACCAUGUUCACUGUGUACUACAAGCCAAGGACAAGUCCUGCUGAGUUCAUUGUUCCAUUUGAUCAAUACAUGGAGUCUGUUAAAAACAACUAUUCUAUAGGCAUGCGGUUUAAGAUGAGGUUCGAAGGUGAAGAAGCUCCAGAGCAGAAGUUUACUGGCACCAUUAUUGGAACAGAAGAUGCUGACACCAAAAGGUGGCGAGAUUCCAAAUGGAGAUGCCUUAAGGUGAGAUGGGAUGAAACCUCUACUAUUCCCCGUCCAGAGAGAGUUUCACCUUGGAAAAUAGAGCCUGCCCUUGCUCCUCCUGCACUGAAUCCACUUCCAAUGCCCAGGCCAAAAAGACCUCGAACACACAUGGUGCCGUCAUCUCCAGAUUCCUCUGUCCAUACUAGGGAAGUUGGAUCAUCAAAAGUAAAUGUUGACCCUGCGAUGCCUGGUGGGUUUUCAAGGGUCUUGCAAGGUCAAGAGUUCCCGACCUUGAGAGGCAAUUUUGCGGAGAGCGAGUCUGAUACUACUGAGAAAUCUGUUGCAUGGCCACCGUCAAUAGACGAAGAGAAGAUUGAUGUAGUAUCUGCUUCAAGAAGAUAUGGUUCAGAGAACUGGAUGUCCUCAGGGAGGCAUGAACCAACUUACACAGAUCUGCUGUCAGGCUUUGGGAAUAAUGUUGAUUCCUCACAUGGUAUCUGUCCCCCUUUUGUCGAUCAAGGGGUAGCAUCUGCUAAUUCAAUGCGAAAGCAUUCACUGGAUCAGGCACGUUCGUGGUCCAUGUUACCAUCACCCCUGUCUCUUAGCUUGGACUCUAAUCAGAAAGGUCCUCUUGGAAAUAUGUCGCAUCAAGCACAAGGGAAUUCUAGAUAUGGUGGGUUUGGUGACUAUUCUGUUGUGAAUGGGCAUAGAAUUGAGCUCCCUCAUGGAAAUUGGAUGAUGCCUCCACCACCUCCAUCACCUUUUGAGAAUCCGGGGAAUGCAAGGGACAACAUGCCGAGACCACAGAUGUUACUAGACAAACAUGAAGCUGUGAAGCCUAAAGAUGGAAACUGCAAGCUUUUUGGUAUUCCCCUGAUAACACCAGAUCCGGCAUUGUCACACAGAAAUAUGAUGAAUGAGUCACCUCGUAAUAACCAAGCUCAAACUUUUGAGUCUGACCUGAAUUCUGAAAAAUCAAGGGGCUCAAAAUCAAUAGAUAAUCUCGUGGCUGUCAGUGAGCCAGCUUUGCAAACUUCUCAGCAACAUAUCAGAGAUGUUCAGGGUAAAUCACAGGGUGGUUCAACUAGGAGUUGUACUAAGGUUCAGAAGCAGGGUAUUGCGCUAGGUAGGUCUGUUGAUCUUACCAAGUUCAACAACUACAAGGAGCUGAUAGCUGAAUUGGACAUGUUGUUUGAGUUUGGUGGUGAGCUGAUGUCUCCGAAAAAGAAUUGGAUGAUCGUUUAUACUGAUGAUGAAGGUGAUAUGAUGCUUGUUGGAGAUGAUCCCUGGCAGGAAUUUUGUGGCAUUGUCCGGAAGAUUUUCAUCUACACCAGAGAGGAAGUCCAAAAGAUGAACCCUGGGACCUUGAAUGCACAUGGGGAGGAUAAUCUAUCAUCAGGUGCGGAGGGUGUGGAUGCAAGAGAGGGGAAGUGUCAACCACUUCCAUCUGCAUCUACUGCUGAGAAGCGUUAAGCCUGGUUCUCGAGAUUUGUGGGUAUAUGACUAGGUAUAUAAUUAUCCUUGGAUCAUAUGUUCUUUUUGUUGUCCAUUUUACGUCCCCUUUGGCCAUUUCCAUCAUGCAUCAUACUGAAAAACGUGUAGAGUUUUGGGGGCGAGAUGAUAGUCAUGGUGUUCUUGUGAGGGUCCCUACUAUAAGCUAUUCGGAUAUAUGAAGUAAUGGAGUUGGUGUGAGCCAUUUCACUAUUGACUUUCAAAAUUCAGCUGACGAGAGUCGCAUAUAGAUGGCGAAUGUAUACCCUUUUGAUAUAUCCAGUUUUGGACGUAUUUCUGCAGUUAGUUUAUUUGGAAGCUAUCUGGUUAUAAUAUAGAUAUAGAUAAAUAUGUAUUACCUUUUGAUUCGAGCAAGUUGACGUGGGACUUGCUUUUUGUCAAACAAUUCCACCUUGUACAUAGGCUGCGUCGACCUCUUUUUCCCGUCCUUGUAAUGUAAGUAUACAGAUUAUCUGCUGUUAUGAUGUUUUUCCGUCAAGGAAAUUUCUUAUUGCUUUCA